UGUAAGCCUCAUGCCUCUUGACAUACUGUAACACUUUGGGUGGGUCGGUGGAACUUUGCUCUGUUCCAAAGCUGCUUAUGCUGCUGUGAUUGUGCGUGUGUGUGUGUGUGUGUGUGUGUGUGUGUGGAGAGGGAGAGAGACAGUCCAUACAGCUACGGCUACAGGAAGCACCAGCACUAGUUACAAAGUUUGAAAGCUGUUGACUCUGCCAUCUCUUUGAUCCCUCCGAAUUGAAAACCUACUGCACACAAUGCCGUCUUUUGAUGAGGUUUUAAAAGAAGCUGGGGAAUUUGGAAGGUUCCAAAAGAGGGUCUUUUUCCUCCUUUGCCAGACAGGCAUAACUUUUUCUUUUCUAUUUGUUGGAGUGGUAUUUCUUGGGCACACACCAGAGUACUAUUGGUGCAGGAUCCCUGGUGCAGCUGAAUUAAGUGAGAGAUGUGGAUGGACCCUUGAAGAGGAACAAAACUAUACUGUGCCAGCUCUGAACCUGGUGAACAGGUUUUCCGGUGGCCAGUGUGAGAGGUUUGACAUAGAGUGGAAUAACACCUCUGUGAGCUGUGCCAACCCACUGUCCCGCUUUACUAACAGCAGCUUGGGCAACGUGCCGCUUACUUCAUGCCAGGAUGGCUGGGUAUAUAAACAACCCCACUCAACAAUCGUCAGUGAGUAUAACCUUGUGUGUGCCAAUGCCUGGAUGCUAGAUCUAACACAAGCUGUUCUCAAUCUGGGGUUUCUGACAGGAGCAUUCACUCUAGGCUAUGCUGCAGACAGAUAUGGCAGAAUCCGUAUUUACCUCUACUCCUGCCUUGGGGUAGGGUUAUGUGGCCUCUUUGUGGCAUUUGCACCAAAUUUUUCCACAUUUUUGGUCUUUCGCUUCCUACAAGGUGUAUUUGGAAAGGGAACCUGGAUGACAGCAUAUGUUAUUGUGACAGAAAUAGUUGGCUCAGAUCAGCGAAGAAUUGUUGGAAUUGUGAUACAGAUGUUCUUCACCCUUGGAAUAAUGAUUCUUCCUGGGAUUGCUUACCUGAUUCCCACGUGGCAGGGGAUUCAGCUGGCCAUAACACUCCCCAAUUUUCUUUUCCUGUUGUAUUACUGGGCAGUUCCUGAAUCGCCACGCUGGCUACUGACACGCAAAAAAGGAGACAAGGCAUUAAACAUUAUGCACACCAUUGCCAAGCACAAUGGAAAAUAUCUCUCGCCACAUUACUCUGAGAUCACAGUUACAGAUGAAGAGGUUAGUAAUCCAUCAUUUCUCGAUCUGGUUAGAACUCCCCAUAUGAGAAAAUACACAUUGAUUCUAAUGUAUGCCUGGUUUACAAGUGCCCUGGUUUACCAAGGGCUUGUCAUGCGCCUAGGAAUUAUAGGAGGAAACCUCUACCUAACCUUUUUCAUCUCCGGAGCUGUGGAAUUGCCUGCAGCUCUCUUGAUUUUACUGACAAUCGAUCGAAUUGGCCGACGCCUUCCAUUUGCCAUAAGCAACAUAGUGGCGGGAGUGGCAUGCUUAAUUACUGCAUUCUUACCAGAAGAUAUCCCGUGGUUGAAAACCUCAGUAGCCACUCUGGGAAGACUGGGAAUCACCAUGGCUUUUGAAAUUGUGUAUCUUGUGAACAGUGAAUUGUAUCCUACAACAUUAAGAAACUUUGGUGUUUCCCUGUGUUCGAGCUUGUGUGACCUAGGAGGUAUCAUAGCCCCAUUUCUUCUCUUCCGAUUAGCAUCCAUCUGGAUGGAGCUACCUCUAAUCAUCUUUAGUAUACUUGCAGUCAUUUGUGGGAUCUUAGUGCUGUUUUUACCUGAGACAAAGGGAAUUUCCUUACCAGAGACAGUGGAGGAUGUGGAACAGCUUUCCAGUCUCCAAAGUAAAAGUGGCAGGAAAAAGAAGCAUCAAGAUACCGCCUAUAUAUGAUCUUUCUCUAAAAGCACUGAGCAAAACAUCCCUGUUCUCACACCGGGAAUUUGGUUUCCUCCUGAUAACUGCUUUAAAGUCCUCUGGAUUGAGCUGUGUCACAAAAGACACCUCCAAGUACUUCUUUUAGGAAUGAAGAUGUUCUAAAUAAGCGUUGUAUUUUUAUAUAGCUACAGAAUAAAUACAUAUUUUCUGAGGCCAUUGUUUCCAGGAA